AUGUCACGGGAAUGGUUUUAUCCUUCAAAGAUACCGAAAAGUAGCCGUUACGAAGUUUGUAGGACAGACGAUAAAAGCAAAAUAUGGACAAUACCAGAAUCGAUUGUCGAAUCUCAAACAAUACCUAGGAAUUCUGAGCGAAUCUCAAGAGAGGGGAGGGGUUUCGGAUCUCCGAAGGAACAGGACAACAAUAAUGACUCUGAAUCGGAAAGUGAAGUUAAUUUUGGGAAAGACACCUAUCUCGGGAAGUCAUCAAAAAGGGACAUUGGAGAGAGCGUGUUCUUUGAUCCUGCUGGGGGAUCGUUCCACUUUGAUGAGUUUGGAAGUCAGAAUGGCUGGCACGGAGAGACGUUUGCAGAAUCCGGAGAAUGGAUGGAUAAGAUUCUGGGGGGUACCUUCAAGAGAAAUUAUUUAGACCGCCAGUCCUUCCGAGCAAGUCUACGUUUGAAUACAAAGUAUCCUUUACAAACUAGAGAGUUUCAACCGGAGAGUGACCGAGAUUCCACAAGUUUCUACGACCCAGAAACAAACAUACUGCGCAAGACUGUCUUUUAUAUUCUCGGGGGCAUUGCUUUGAUAUGCCUAGUGGUUACUCCCGUCAUUGUGUUCAUUAUUGUACAAGAUGAAGAAACAACGUUUAAAACAUACUAUGUUGCCGACAGUACCAUGACCGUUAAUCAGUCCUAUGUGGAACAGUUUAAAGAUCCGAACUCCAAAGAAUUUAAAAACUUCAGCGCAAUAUUCUGCUCUGAGAUGAAGAAUAUAAUACAAGGAACAAAUGUCUCGCAGGCGUAUAGAGAAUGCAAUGUUAAGGAACUAAAAAAUGGAAGUGUUGUAGUCUUCUUUGAAAUGGUUUUUACCGCCGAGAAAAUUCUGACCGUCACAAUAAUCGAAGAUUCCAUAGUUAAUGGAAGUUCUUAUCAACAAAGUAGUUCAGCAAUACAAAUUGAUCUUAACUCUUUUAAAGUUUCUUAUGUAGAAACAAAAACAUUUAAUGAAAAGAGUUAUCCUUAUGUUCAAUCCACACAGUCAACAUCAACACUUUCAACUACACAAUCAACAUCUACAAGCCGUACAACAGCCGAUCAAUCCAAUUUCACAACCGAAUUCUCAAAUGCAUCCACAACAGCAUUGGAGUCUACCACUUUUGAAUCCAAAAAUGUUACCGAACCCGUAGAACAAUCAACAAGUACAACUGUACCGACGCAAAAUACAACGAAUGUUUUUAGCUCGUCCGAUUCCUACAGUGGUAAUUUAGAGACAAGUACAGAACGUUCUUCCACGGAAAUAUCAAUACCUUUAACUACACAAUCAGCAUUUGUAAAUCGUACAUCUACCGACCAAACAAUUUUUACAACCGAAUUCUCAAAUGCAUCCACAACAGCCUUGGAAACUACGACUUUUGAUACCACAAAUGACACUAAAACCGUAGAACAAUCAACAAGUACCACUGUACCACUGAUGCAAAGUACAGCGAAUGUUUUUAGUUCAUCCCACUCCUAUACCGGGUUUUUAGGGACAAGUACAGAAAGUUCCUCUACAGAAACAUCAAAAACUUCAUCUACACACACAACAUUUGUAAACCUUAUAACUACUGCCCAAUCAAAUUUUACAGUCGAAUUAUCAAAUGCAUCCACAACAGCCUUGGAAUCCACCACCUUAAAUGCCACUAAACCCAUAGAACAAUCAACAAGUGCUACCGAAGCCAUGACGCAAAGUACAACGUUUAAUUCCUCUGAUUCUUCCACAGGAAUUUUAGAGUCCAGUACAGAAAGUUCUACAGAAACAUCAACAACUUUAACUACACAAUCAACAAUUGUAAACUUUACAUCUUCUGACCAAUCAAAUUUUACAGUCGAAUUAUCAAAUACAUCCUCAACUGCCUUGGAAUCUAUCACCUUAAAUGCCACUAAAUCCAUAGAACAAUCAACAAGUGCUACCAAAGCGUUGACGGGAAGUACAACGUUCUUUUUUAAUUCCUCUGAUUCUUCCACAGCUAUUUUAGAGUCCAGUACAGAAAGUUCUUCCACAGAAACAUCAAUAACUUUAACUACACAAUCAACAUCUGUAAAUUUUACAUCUACCGAUCAAUCAAAUUUUACAAUGGAAUUAUCAAAUGUAUCAACAACCAUUGGAUCUGCCACUUUUGAAACCAUAAAUGCCACAGAAAUCACAGAACAAUCAGUAAGUCCAACAGAACCGUUGACUCACAUUACAACAAAUGUUUUUAGUUCUUCUGAAUCAUCUACAGGGACCUUAGUGUCAAGUACACAAAGGUCUUCCACAGAAACACCAUAUGUAGACACGAUAACAAAUCAAACAUUGCAAAUGUCUACGGAGACUGCUACAGAACAAUUCAUUCCAUCAACAACAGGAAUUGCAAGUUCAACACCAAGUGCGGCAACAACAUCAGCCGCUAAUGAAACAAGUCUUGAAACUACUAAUACUCUAACUAAUCCGACAUCAGUACUUUCAACACAGACUGCGACAGAUAUAUCAACAUCAUCCUCUACAGAGAUCUAUAAUUCCUCAUCUAUUGAGACAACAGCAACUUCCGUAAUGGAAACAACCAUUGAAUCAACAGAAAAACCAUCAACAGUAGAGACCUCAACAUCAUAUAUGACUGGAAUAACUACUACUCUAGAAAAAAUCCAUACAUCAACAUCAAAUCCAGCAUUGUUGCUAACAAGAAAGCCUUCUACAGAGAAAACCACUUCAUUAUCUGAAGGGAUUUUUGAUUCCACAUCAAGUGAGACAACAAAAUCUGCUAUUAUGCAAACAACUCUAGAAAUGACCGAGACACUUACAUCAACGUUAUCAACGACAGAAGUUCAACUAUCAACGUCAACAGACACGAUUACAGGAAUAACAUCCACAUCAGAGGGCAUUCAAACCACAGUGUUUAUACAAUCACCGCAAAACUCAUCCGCAACAUUAAAUACGCCAGAAAUAUUGGAUGAGUCGUCGACAUCAGAACCAACACGCACUGAGUUACAAAAGAGUUCGGAAAGUUCUACAAUAACUUCUCCAUUUACAGUAACACUUCGGGACACUGAUUCGUCAGAUACAAAUUCAACACCAAUAUCUACAGUAUCGUCUCCUACAAAUAUAUCGACAGUCUCAACAACUAUCAUGGUAGAAACAACAUCUAACGAAGAAGAAAUUACAAGUUCAGAGAAGCAAACGUCAAUGACAAAUAUGCCAAAUACAACGAACAAAGAUAUUGAAACUACAACAUCUACAGUUUAUUUUUCAUCGGUCGAUGGGUCAAAUUUAACAUCGACUGAUAUAUCCACUAGGCCUUCAUCAAGUGAAACAUCUGUUACGACAGUGUCUACAAUUACUUCAACAGAAUUAAGCACUGAAGCACAGACGCAGAGAUUUGAAGCAACGAUCUCAACAAGUACAGAAGCAACAUCUACUGUAGAUAAAAACAAAUCAACAAAUUACUCGACGACGUCAAUGACAACUUUUUCAGGGGAAUCAUCAAAAACCAGAACUAACGUCAUGGAAAUUACAAAUUCAACUGGAUCUGUCACACUUACAAAUACCGGUAAUUUAACAACAUCAUCAGUGGCUACAUCUAAAGAGAUGUCGUCAACAUUGAAAUCCGUGAUGUCAUCUAUUAAUACUGCAUCCUCCCAAAACGAUACGACAGAUAUUAAAGUAGAAGCAAGCACAGUAGAAAGAAGUAGUGCAUCAGUGACUGUCACUCAGACAUUAGAUGUGGAGAAUAUAGGUUCUUCAAAUACGGUCACACCAACAGCUCAAGUACAGAAGAAUGUGACAAUGACGACAAUGACAGUGAAUACACUACAAACAGGUAACAGAGAGCCUCAUCAAAGUGAGCAAGAAUUUAUUCAACCUUUUGUACCAUAUUUUCAUCUUGAGAAUUCGGAUAUGGUGGCAGUGAAAUUGAACGUAUCUUUGGAAAAGAUUAAUAUCAGUCUAUGUUAUACAAGUAGAGUAUUUGCUUGCUCUCUUGUACAUGAAUCUGGUUUACGGACAGUGGGUGGUGAAAUAAACAUACAAGCACCAAUGCACAAUGUUACCAUAGACGACAAGAAAUCCUACAAUGAAGGAGAUGAAAUCCAAAUUAAUUGUACAUCGCGCUCAGGAAGAGAUGUUUACGAAGUUAGCAUUGAAACAAAUCAUCAAGGCGAUACAGAGUAUGCGUAUCCUAAUGUAACUGAAUACGGUGGUUUAUAUGACGAUUGUUCCGUUCUUUUGCAUUGGACAUUUCUGCUUGCACCAGAAGCACCAACUGGAAUGUCAAAUGCAAGCAUAAAAUGUGUAUUAAACAAUAUCAUCCUGAAAGACACGCGCAUGGAUGAAAAGGUUAUAACAGUGACAUGA